GGCUGACAUCACUGAAAUUCUGUUCUGCUCCACAGCAGUGCAUUCGGUAAAGGUAGCGGACAUCAUUCAUUGGACAAGAGGAGUUCAGAGGAGGAUAGGUCCACAGAAAGCGGCUGUUAAGCCUCAGUUAUUGUUGAACUUCUCUGUGAGUCUAUUCUGAAACCAGGUAACAGCAAGAGAUGGCAUCAGGUGUUCGAGUUGAUGACUCUGUUAUCCAGCUAUUUCAAGAAAUGAAGCUCAUGAGGUCUGGGAAAAAAGCUGUGUUUUUUGGAUUCAGUAAAGAUGAGAAAUUCAUCGUUGUGGAGAAAGGAAAGGAAAUUCUUUCACGGGACUGCAACGGGGACUUCUUCUCACGUUUAAAAUCAAUGUUUCCGGAGACCAAGUGCAGCUACGCUUUACUGGACAUAGAUUACAUAACUGGGGAAUCAAAAAAGCAGGACCUCAUUUUUGUAUUAUGGGCCCCUGAAGAUGCACCCAUUAAAGAAAAGAUGCUCUUCGCUAGCUCAAAGCCAUACAUGAAGCAAGUCCUCUCAGGAGUCAACAAGCAAUGGGAAAUUCACAGUCAAGAUGAUCUGACCAUUGAUCAACUGGCCCAGAAACUCUGCACUGGCAAAAUUAAAUCAUUGGAAGGACAUCUCAUAUAGCUAAACCGUGCCACCAAAAAACAAACUUAAAUACAGAACAGUGAUGGCUCAUCUUAGAUGCUCGUAAACUACAUUUUCUGAGCUGAGGAUCAUGGGAAAUGUAGUUUACAAACACCUCGGGCAAUAAGUUUAGCCAUCAAUGAAAACAAAAAACACAGUCUGCCAAUGCAGUGUGUAUAGAAUGACAGUUUAAAUCAUUUCAUUUGACUGAAGUAUCUAGAGAUUUUUUUAUAUAUUUUCACAAAUUAAGAAUCGGUUUUAGGUUGCCUACAUUGGCAAUAUUUUUUAUUUAAAACAUACAUAUACCUUCUAGGAUAUGGAUACAUC